AUGAGGACCACCACCUAUCUAGCUCUAGCGACUACGGGAAUACUAUUCACCACUUCGAACGCAAAAAUGGCUUACUCCAGACAAACUGCGAACUAUACGCCCGAUAUGGAAACCCCAUCCAGAGCAACUCUUGGGGCACACCCGUCAUCUACCCGUCACGAAUCGGAGAACAUCAAAACUAUCCUCGCGCUUUCAUUCGGGAAUUUCGGAAAAGUGAAGAUGAAGCCGGAGAAAGGGGUUGGGUCGCUGGAAGCCCAGGGAAUCUUUACCGCGGAUGGGAAAAUUUGGCAACGCUCGCGUGCGCUCAUUAGACCUACAUUUGCGAGGACUGGGAUUUCGAAUUCUGGGGCGUUGGAGAAACAUGUUGCGAGAUUUUUGGAGCUUCUUCCGCGUGAUGACUCGACGGUUGAUUUGCAACCGCUUACGAAGAAUUUGUUUCUAGACGUCUCUACCGAAUUCCCAUUCGGCGAAUCUGUAGAGUCUCAAUCCCCAAAUACCCCCUUCGAUGCUCGAGAAUUCCUCGAUGCAUUCGAUAUGACCAUGCGUGGUCUCGGCGCACGAAUGAUGCAUGGGGAGCUGAGAUUCAUUCGCGGUCGAGAUAUCGAGUGGAAAAAAGCUUUCGGGAAAGUACAUACAUCUAUUGACAAACACGUGUCUCGGGCUCUGGAGAGUCAGAAAAGUGCAGAAAAUAAUGAAGAGGAAGAUAAGAUUCCCACUCAAAAACAGUAUAUACUCUUGAACGAAAUGGCAAAAGAAACGCAGGAUCCGGUUGAUUUACCCUAUCAGCUUUUUCAUGUAUUGAUCCCUGCUCAUGAUGCGACGGGUAUAGCUGUUAGCAAUCUCGUGAUGCGGAUCGAUGGGAUAAUUGCGGAGAGAAGUACUCGCUGCGACGACCGGACAGACGCUGAGUUUCGAAGUCCUGAAGUCAAUGAGAUAUCUACGAUAUGUUCUCCGUCUUCACCCCACCGCACGCUUCCCACGGCGAGUAUGUCACAAAGACACCAUUUUACCGCUUGGGGGUGGCCUCAUGGUAAUGCUCCCUUCAUAGUCAAGAAGGGUAGUAAUAUUACAUGUGAUAUCCACGCAUCACAUCGUGACAAAAGCUACUGGGGCAGCGAUGCCGACGAUUUUCGUCCCGAGAGAUGGGAGACCUUGCGACCAACUUGGGAAUACCUUCCAUUUUCAGGGGGGCCGCGCAUUUGCCCUGCUCAGCAGAUGGUUUUAUUGACUCGGCGGAUGUUAUUGUGA